UGGUACUCCGUUAUAAAAUCGGACGAAAAACAAACUAAAGUUGAUGAAAUUGAUGAAGCUAACGAUGGAAAUGUUAAAAAAGAUAAUAAAGUUAAUAAAAUUGAUGAAGUGGAUGAUGAUUAUAGAGAUUAUAGUAAUUAUGAGAAAGACUAUAGUGAUAUUUAUGAAGCUAUUGGAGGUAAAAAUGAUCAAAAUGGUGAUAUUUAUGAUGCUAUUGGAGGUAAAGAUGAUCAAAAUGAUGAUAUUUAUGAAGCUGUUGGAGGUAAAGAUGAUCAAAAUGAUGAUAUUUAUGAAGCUGUUGGAGGUAAAGAUAUUUAUAAAGCCGUUGGAGGUAAAGAUAUUUAUGAAGCUGUUGGAG